GUUGACCUCUGUUCCUCCGCUCCAAGUUCAAUGUUUACGCAUUGCGUUUACUAGACAACCGUGGUAAAAUGGCGGUUUGUACACGUGGCUCUUGAAUGAAUAAAUUUACAUAUUUUAGCGCGAAAGUUGAAUCUUUCUUGCGAUGUGCCGCGUUUCCCCAUGGUUUUCAUAUGGCAGUCAAUGGUUGAUAUAUUUUUUUAAGCCAUGAACUUUGUGAUUGACCUAAAAUCAAACCCCAAAGAACGCCGAGCCGGAGGCGAGAUUGAACUUGAAGUCUGUGCAGAGCAAACGGACAAGGAAGAAGACAAGAUGGGCAAAGGCAGCCUGCAAGAAGCCUUCAUGAAAUUCAAGAAAAAAAGACAGGCGGACAUGCGGCUCAUCAAAGAAAUGAAAGAAAAGAGCCUGUCUCAGAUGAAGGAUCCCAAUCAUAUGUGGGAAUUAAGAAUGAGGUUCCUUGAGAGGGCCAAGCAUUACUAUGGUGUACCGUAUGCCAAGAGAUACCAUGGUCCAGACAGUCCGGACUACAAUGCCCCGCUCUUCCUGGACUGCUGUGGUCUCGUCCGUCGUGUCCUGCUAGACCUCAAGGAAGACUUUGGUUUCAAGGUCGGACUUUGGAACCAGGCCUAUCAGUACGACACAUUACCGAUUACAAUCGAGAGAGAAGAAGACAUGAAACCUGGAGAUCUGGUCUUCAUAACAGCGAUCUACCACAACACCAAGAGUAAGAAGCAAAAGCACAACAUCGUCCAUGUUGAGAUCUGGGCCGGCGAGGGUUGUAAAUCCAUAGGAGCACGAUGGCAACGCGGUCACGUCCAACUCUUUGAUUCUUACAAGUUUGAAGCCAAGAGUUACCACAGCAUGGUGUACCACUUCAAAUCCAUCGAUACGUGGCUGCAAGGGUUGUGCAUAAGCCACUGUCCAGAGCACCCGUGGGUGGUGACAUCCUACCAGCCAGGAAAGAAGUCAGUCUUUGCUCUUCAAGGUGACUCCGAGGAAGGCCAAGCUGCUGAAGACAGCGGAGAUGAGAGCUGUGAUGAUGACGAUCAGUCGGAGAAGAGCAAGAUUGUAGAGCAAGGAGAUGAGAACAGGCAACACAAGGGAGACGAUCCUAGAGAAACUGGAUUCGAAGAUGCUAAGAUGGAUGUUAAUGCUAACACCAAAGAAACUCAAACGCUUCCAAAUAUUACAGAGCAGAUGACACAUCAGCAGAACUCUGGAGCUGGCAACGACACUGAAUCAGAUGAACUCAAUGAAGAAAUUAUCGAGCCACGAGACAUUGAUCAUGAAAUGGAGUAUGCAGAGGAUCUCUCACAGAUUGUAGCGCCUUGCUCCCUGUGUGACUCAUCGGCAUGCUUGGAUAGUUGCCAAGAUGGCGCAUGUUGCCGUGACGACACUGAGGAGCCCCAGGAUGGGGAUGAUGGGAAGAAGACAAGUUCGUCGAAUAGAUCAACAGAAAAAGAUGUGACACGUAAGAACCCCAAGUCGUCCACGGACCAAUCCUCAUCACAGAAGAGCAGCGGAGGUAAGGGAAGAGAUGGUGAUGGUUUACCGGACCAAGGACCUAAGAGCGUAACGUCACCAAGGAGUGGUGUGGCGAGGGAGAUAGGACCGGCAUUCUACAUAGGAGGAGCAAAUGGGGUAGCACUAGUUGAGGGGCCACUUCUGGCUAAAGGCUGGCGGCGAAUUCACGACAGGACAAGUGAAAACUACAAACUGAAAUGGGUUGAGCUGAAAUCACACAUAAACUACCAUUCGUUCAAAGCAGGAGAGCAGCUAGUUAACCGCAUCCCAAACACCGGUUACCUAGCAACCAAGGUGGGUCUCCUGGAGACACUGCGUGAGUAUGAGCGCAUCAACCAGAGGAUGCAGCGAGGGAGGAGUAGUCGGUUACUCAAGAUGGAGGAUUUCUACCCGGAGUCUUAUAACCUUGACAACAAGGCAGAUAGGGAAGCUUUCUAUCAGGUGCAUCAAGAUGGAGACAUUUGGAUCAGUAAACCCAACAGCAUGAACCAAGGAAAAGGCAUCUACCUGGUGAAGGAUAUCACUGACAUCCAACGCAAGUACCAGCUCAUGGAAGAAAGUGGCGCGAAUAUGAUACCACGUAAAGGGAACCAGUCCAGAAUGAUCCAAAGAUAUGUACCUAACCCACUUCUCUUGGACGGGAAGAAGUUUGACGUGCGUGCAUACAUGCUGAUAGCAUGCACUACGCCAUACAUCGUAUUCUAUCACUCCGGUUACCUACGCCUGUCAUGUGACUCUUAUGAUCCAACCAGUGAUGACUUAACACUUCAUCUGACCAAUCAGUUUGUACAGAAGAAGAACCCAGGCUACCAGGACGUUAAAGAGGACACUGUAUGGAGCAUGGAACGAUUCAACGAUCACAUCAACGUGAUGGCUAAGGACAAAGGAUUACCUAAGGAUUGGGUACUGAACCAGUUCACUAAACGUAUGACGCAGAUUAUGACGCAUUGCUUUAAUUCCGUCAAGAAUAAACUGCAAUGCAAGCUGGGAUACUUUGACCUUCUGGGCUUUGAUUUCCUAUUGGACGAAAACAUGAAGGUGUAUCUGUUGGAAGUGAACGUUAAUCCCGCGCUACACACAAACUGUGAGACACUGAGAAAUCAGAUCCCACCCAUCGUACAUGAAACGCUCGACAUAGUUUUAGAGAUCUUCGACAAAUGCCGUCACAGCCGUCCCAUCAUGCCUCUGGCAUCUCAGCGUAGAAUGACCUUGUUGUACAGCGACUGCGUCUCCAGUUCCAUCAAUCGUCACAUGUCACAGUCAACGUCGCCCCCUCGUCAACCCCAUAGCCCCACCCACCCCACCAGCCCAACACGUACUACAAGAUCACGGUCAACAUCACCAGUGAAAAGACAAAAAGGAACAAUGACGGCCUUGAGGAAGAAUGUCACCAAGAUGACAGUCAAGGACAAUGAUGUGACACCUAGUGGUGGUACAGGGUGAAUAAUCGGGACACUAAUUAAUUUUUGACAGUAAAUAAUGUAACUAAUUGUAAGACAAAAGGCAACAAGGCAUAGUGACAUCCCUGAGGAAAAAUGUCAUCAAAAUGACAGUUGGGGACAAUGACAUGUCACCUAGUGGUGGGAUAUUUAAUUUUCACUUUUUUGACAAUAAGUAAGGUCACUAUUUUUAAGACAAAAGGCAAACAGGCACAGUGACAUCCCUGAGGAAAAACGUCACCAAAAUGACAGUUGGGGACAAUGACAUUUCACCUAGUGGUGGGACAGGUUAAAUGAAAUUGACGUUUAUGACAAUCCGUGACAGUGAUGUGCCUUGAAGAAAUAUGGCACCAAAAUGACAGUCAGGGACAAUGACAUACAUGCAAUGGUGGCACAUGUUGAAUGAAAGAGUCAUUAAUGACCAUCUAUGACAGAGGUGUGAAUAUGACAGUGAUUUCUGUUACUAUUAAAUUUGUUGUACAGUGUCCUGUGUUUGCUUGACACUUCAACGGUGAUAUUGAAAUGGUGUGCUGUGUUUUUGUACUUAAUUUAACCACUGUUAAAGGUAAUAUACAACAUUUGCAAACAUCAAAAACAAAA